GGGAGUUUGUGUUUUACUUGUGUGACGUUUAUCAGUGUCGGGAUUUCUUGGUUCUGGAUUUGCUUGAUUUUCUAUAGUUUCCCGGACGUGAAUCAGCCAGGAAAAUGUCUGAACGGAAGGUUUUAAACAAAUACUAUCCUCCGGACUUCGAUCCGUCGAAGAUUCCACGGAUGAAACUGGCCAAAAAUCGGCAGUACACUGUCCGAUUGAUGGCUCCCUUCAACAUGAGAUGUGUCACAUGUGGGGAGUACAUUUACAAAGGGAAGAAGUUCAAUGCAAGGAAGGAGGAUGUGGAAAAUGAGACGUACUUGGGAAUUAGAAUUUAUAGAUUCUACAUCAAAUGCACAAGGUGCCUCCAGGAGAUUUCUUUCAAAACAGAUCCCAGGAAUACGGAUUAUGAGAUUGAAGCAGGUGCCACGAGAAAUUUCAUGGCACUGAAGCUGGCUGAGGAGCAGGCCAGGAAGGAGGAGGAAGAAUUGCGAGAGGAAGAGGCAAAUAAUCCAAUGAAACUCCUGGAAAAUCGCACACAGCAGUCGAGGAAUGAAAUUGAGCUGCUGGAAUCUCUGGAGGAGCUCAAGGAUUUGAACCGGAGGCAGCAGACUGUGGACUAUGAGCAGAUGCUGCAGCAAUACGAUACAGCUGAAACUGCCCGGGAACGUGAAGAGCGUCUAGCGCGUCUCGAUGAGGAAUACAUCAAAACUGUGGCAUUUGGAAGUGCUCCUAGUGCUUCAGGGAGCAAAAUUGUGGCCGAGGAGGAAGUUCUGGAAACAAUAGAUCUCGCUAAGGGAUCAUUGACAAAACCUGAACCAAAGAGUGACAUUAAAGUCCCUCCUGUUUCGGGGAACCGUCUGAAAAUGCAAAAUCUAAUCCGGAAGAAGGAAGUUCCGAUGACAAAAGAACCUGAAGCUAAAAAAUCCACCCCAAUUGGAGGACUUGGAUUGCUAUCAGCAUAUUCUGAUAGCGAUUCCAACUCUGAUUGAUCCUCAGUCAGAAAAAAUUCCAGCUGCUCUGUCUCGAUUCCAGCUCUGGAGAGUCCAAGUCGUUAAACGACAGCAGCAUCAUCGAGAGCCUCGACAGACGAUUUCAAUUCAGUUGUAAUCGCACUUUCGUGGGAUUCAGACAGAAAUCCAGCAGGAAGUUCCCGAACAUAGUGCCCCAGAAAAAAAAGUGAGUGUGAAAAACGUGAGAAAAACUGUGAAAACCC